UGCCUUGGAUUGGCAUGCCUUGGGGUGCCAGUCCUGCAGAACCCAAGACCUGGAUACCAGUCUUUCAAAAGCCAGUCGCUGGCAUAGUGUAGAUGGUGGUCAUGAAGAGCCCAGGACAUGGAUGCCUUUUGGUGCCAGUCCUGCUGCAGAGCAAGGGAUGGCGCUCCAUCGGAGCCAGAAGCUGAAUAUCCUGCGGCUGGUGGUGCUUCUCACGGUCGUCUUGGCGGGCAUCAAGUUUUUCUUCCGGGACAGCUUCACUCUGGACCAGCACAAGGAGUCCAGUGGGAAGAGCAGCUUUUGGGGCGACCCCGGAGACCCCCAGCAAUCUGCCAGGAUCGGGGACCCAUCCUUUGAGUUCUUGGACAGCAAGGGGGCAGCGGGCGCCCGGCCAGAGACAAGGAAGCAGCCGCUUCAGGCUCUCAGCUCAACCCCCACGCGGCUGGUUCACCUGGACCUCAAGGGGGCAGCCCCCAAAGUAGCCUACCUGGAGCAGAUCUUCCCACUUUUCUCCAAGCUGGGUGCCAAUGGGGUCCUCAUUGAGUACGAAGACAUGUUUCCGUUCACGGGAGAACUGGAAAUCCUUAGAUCGCCCUAUGCUUACAGCGAAGAAGACAUUGGAAAAGUCCUGGAGUUGGCUGAGAGGAACAAACUGGAGGUGAUCCCACUGGUGCAAACGUUUGGACAUGUGGAGUUCAUCCUGAAGCACGACAAAUACCGGCAUUUGCGGGAGGUGGAACGCUUCCCCAACAGCUUCAACCCCCACGUCCCAGAGACCCUGGCCGUCGUGAAGGCAGUCCUCACCCAGGUCCUCAACAAGCACCGGAGAUCCCACUGGGUGCACAUCGGGGCGGAUGAGGUCUUCCACUUAGGAGAAGGGAUGGAUUCCAAGAACUGGAUGAGCCGCAACGCUGGAGACCUGGGCAAGAUGUACCUGAGCCACAUCCGAGAGGUGGUCAGCUUCGUCGCCGGUCAGCCGGGAGGGUUCCAGGCCCUUCUCUGGGAUGACAUGCUGCGGAAGGUCAGCGAGGCCGCCAUCCAAGACUCUGGCAUCGCCAAACAAGCCUCCCCCAUGUUGUGGUUCUACGCCCCAGAUUUUGACACACAACAAAUAGGAAAAUACAUUGCCAAGUACGCCGAGUGCGGCUUCAAAACCAUCUGGUUCGCCAGCUCCUUCAAGGGCACCACCGGCCCGGCCCAGGCUUGGCCACCCUUGAAUGGCCACCUUCAGAACCACCUGAGGUGGCUUAAGGUCAUCCAGUCCAUGGCCACCACUGCCCCCUCCGUCCGGUUCCAGGGUAUCGCCAUCACUGGGUGGCAAAGAUAUGAUCACUACUCAGCGCUGUGUGAGCUCCUUCCCGUGGGGAUCCCAUCCUUGGCUGUGUGUCUGCAGACCUUGGUGAAUGGGGGAUUCACCGAUGCAACCAAGAAGAAGGUUUUGGGCAUUCUUGGCUUCCAGAACAUGAACCUGGAGACAGGCACAUGUGAGGGCAACGGGGCCUUUCCUGGCUCAGAUAUCUACCGAAUGGUUGAGCAAGUCAGCGGCCAGCUGCGGGACUCAGUGGUCAAAGUCCUGGAAGAGGAGAGCACCAUCAAGGGCUGGUUCAGCCCAUACCACCGGAAGCACCAGUUUGGAAACCCCCGUAACCUGGAGAGCUUUGGGAGCAAAGUACUGAAAGUCCAUGAGGACUGGGAGAACCUCAUCCAAACUCUGCGCUCGCACAUGGAAGCCAUCUACUUUCCCGACACGGUGGAGGAAUGGAUGGAGGAGAACGUCAACCCGCACAUGGAUCGGUUGCGGGAGUUCGUCCGGGAUUUCAAGGAAACCAUCCGGCUCAAUGCCCGGCCCAAGACUCUCUAGAGGGGCCACCUCUUGUCACAAGAUGGUGGUCCAGAGACAGGUGCCAUGACUCCCUCCUUUGUUGUUAUUCCUUGAACCUUUGGGGAGGUUUGUGGACCAGACGUAGGGUGCUCAAAGCCCACUCACCCCAACCCUAUUCACAACAGAGGUUGAUGGGGCAUAAUUUGUUUUGGGGCAUGUUAAGACUUUUCCCAGUUUCUGCUGGUUGUCCCUCUGCUGGGAAUUCAAGCAACAUGAACCAGGACUGGCACAGGGCUUAAUUCUCCCCCAUUUUGAGGUUGGGGAUCUGUGGGGCCACCUCACCUGGUCUUUUGGGAAUUAUUGGAGAAAUUCUAGGACUGGAGGUGAACCAGGGGAUGGUGGCCAUGGGGGCGGGAGAACUACACAAUGCACCUUCCUCUUCCUUCUUUUCAAACACACUUUACCUGUUUCCAUGAGCAGCAUCGGAUUCUUCUCUGUGUCUAUUUGUGGUCACCGUUUCCCACAGUGAUGACCCUUUGGGAAGGUGCUAAACUUGGACAUAAAAGGGGGUCAACCAUGCUCUCUACACUCCCAAAUGUCUAGGCAAAUAACUCUUCCGUUACACACAUUGAACAUUGAAGCCCCCAGCUUGCUCACUUCCAGUUUCAUCCGGUCUUUUUACUUUGGUGCCCAGUGCCCAUUCUCCCCAAAAAUGAAGGCUCUUAAAGUCCAUGUGAAGAAAGAGGACACACUCUCCAUCAUUGUGGAUUCUGUGCCACUGGUGUGAGGUGGUGAUUGACAGCUGUCACUCCUCCUGUCUUGAUCAGAUUUCCAUUUGUUGGCUGAUGUCUUUUUGUUGGACAUAACCUCUUAAUGUUAUGUUGCUGUUUGGGACUUUUUUGCGGGGUGGGAGGAUCUUGGGUUGCUGUUGUUCCUGUUUGCACAGAACAGAUUGCUUCUGUGAUGUGGAAGAUGAUGAUAAUAAUAAUAAUACUGUAAUAAUAAAGGUAUUUUUUUUAUAAAGCAAUGGCUUGCAUUAUGCUGCGGUUGGUGCCAAGUAGUUGUGGGGCUUGGCCUGUGUUUGGUGGGGACCCCAGGACUAGUGUUGCUUUGACACCUGUCUUUGUAGGCUCUGGUCCUUAUUCUGGAAAUGUUUGAGUGUUGGAUUAAGAUGUUGGGAGACCAGGAUUCGAAUCCCUGCUCAGCCCUGAAAAUGCCCUGGAGGACCCUGGACACAUCACACUCUCUCAGCCUCAAAGGAAGGUAGAAAUCUUGCCAAGAAGACCCCAUGAUAGGUUUGCCUUAGGGUCACCAUAAACCAGAAACUACUUGAAGGCACACAACAACAAUGUAUUUAGCUUCGUUUAACCUCUAGUUCUCUUCUUCUAUGGAACUUAAGGCAGCUUACAAAAAGUUUAAAACAAAUUUGAGCUAAAAAACCCUGACAGUAAGAAAGCCAAAACAACAGUUAAACUAGCUAUCCUAUUAAACAGCA